UGUCCACCAAAGAGGAGACGCAGAGCCCCGCCCCCGGGAGCAGGCCAAUAGGGUUGGCCGGGAGGCGGGCACCGCCUCCUGGCAGUUGCAAGGUUUCACUGCAGGGAAGCGUCAGGCUCAGUGACUCUGCGGCCGCCGCCAGCCUAGGUCGGAACGCUGCGGAGCGGGGGGGUGGUGCUGUCGUGCAAUAGGAAGCCGAGAGUAUUGCAGGCUUCUCGCUGGGCACCAGCUUCCUGGUCCCUCGCCCCGCCCGGUGCUUUUCCCGGACACCUCCGGGGCCCCCACCUGUGGCCCCUGGAGUCCCUUUCCCACGCCGACCAUGCCACUAAGCCGCAGUUUGUCCAUGUCCUCACUGCCAGGACUGGAGGACUGGGAGGAUGAGUUCGACCUGGAGAACACGGUGCUCUUCGAGGUGGCCUGGGAGGUGGCCAACAAGGUGGGUGGCAUCUACACGGUGCUGCAGACGAAGGCCAAGGUGACAGGGGAUGAGUGGGGUGACAACUACUACCUGGUGGGGCCAUACACGGAGCAGGGAGUGAGGACCCAGGUGGAACUUCUCGAGCCCCCCACCCCGGCCCUGAAGAGGACCCUGGACUCCAUGAACAGCAAGGGCUGCAAGGUGUAUUUUGGGCGCUGGCUGAUCGAGGGGGGGCCCCUGGUGGUGCUCCUGGACGUGGGGGCCUCAGCCUGGGCCCUGGAGCGCUGGAAGGGGGAGCUCUGGGACACCUGCAACAUCGGGGUGCCAUGGUACGACCGUGAGGCCAACGACGCUGUCCUCUUUGGCUUCCUCACCACCUGGUUCCUGGGUGAGUUUCUGGCCCAGAGUGAGGAGAAGCCACAUAUUGUUGCACACUUUCACGAGUGGUUGGCGGGCGUCGGGCUUUGCCUGUGCCGAGCCAGGCGGCUGCCCGUGGCUACCAUCUUUACCACCCAUGCCACGCUGCUGGGGCGUUACCUGUGUGCUGGUGCUGUGGACUUCUACAACAACCUGGAGAAUUUCAAUGUGGACAACGAAGCAGGUGAGAGGCAGAUUUAUCACCGCUACUGCAUGGAGCGAGCGGCCACCCACUGUGCUCAUGUCUUCACUACUGUCUCCCAGAUCACUGCCAUCGAGGCUCAGCACCUCCUCAAGAGGAAACCAGAUAUUGUGACCCCCAAUGGACUGAAUGUGAAGAAAUUCUCUGCCAUGCACGAGUUCCAGAACCUUCAUGCCCAGAGCAAGGCUCGAAUCCAGGAGUUUGUUCGGGGCCAUUUUUAUGGGCACCUGGACUUCAACUUGGACAAGACCUUGUACUUCUUUAUCGCCGGCCGGUACGAGUUCUCCAACAAGGGGGCCGACGUCUUCCUGGAGGCCUUGGCCAGGCUCAACUAUCUUCUUAGAGUGAAUGGCAGUGAACAGACAGUGGUCGCCUUCUUCAUCAUGCCGGCUCGGACCAACAAUUUCAAUGUGGAAACGCUCAAGGGCCAAGCGGUCCGCAAGCAGCUUUGGGACACGGCCAACACAGUGAAGGAGAAGUUCGGGAGGAAGCUUUAUGAGUCUUUGCUGGUGGGAAGCCUCCCAGACAUGAACAAAAUGCUGGACAAGGAGGACUUCACGAUGAUGAAGAGAGCCAUCUUUGCCACGCAGCGGCAGUCCUUCCCCCCUGUGUGCACCCACAAUAUGCUGGAUGACUCGUCAGACCCUAUCCUGACCACCAUCCGCCGAAUUGGCCUCUUCAAUAGCAGUGCUGACAGGGUCAAGGUAAUUUUCCACCCGGAAUUCCUCUCCUCCACGAGCCCCCUGCUCCCUGUGGACUAUGAGGAGUUUGUCCGAGGCUGCCACCUAGGAGUUUUCCCCUCUUACUAUGAGCCUUGGGGCUAUACGCCAGCUGAGUGCACCGUUAUGGGCAUCCCCAGUGUCUCCACCAACCUCUCUGGCUUUGGCUGCUUCAUGGAGGAGCACAUCGCAGACCCCUCAGCUUAUGGCAUCUAUAUUCUGGACCGGCGGUUCCGCAGCUUGGACGAUUCGUGCUCGCAGCUCACCUCCUUCCUCUACAGCUUCUGCCAGCAGAGCCGGCGGCAGCGCAUCAUCCAGCGGAAUCGCACGGAGCGCCUCUCUGACCUUCUGGAUUGGAAAUACCUAGGCCGGUACUAUAUGUCCGCGCGCCACAUGGCCCUGGCCAAGGCCUUUCCGGAUCACUUCACCUACGAACCCCACGAGGCGGAUGCGACCCAGGGCUACCGCUACCCACGGCCGGCCUCGGUGCCACCAUCACCCUCGCUGUCACGACACUCGAGCCCACACCAGAGUGAGGACGAGGAGGAGCCCCGCGACUCACUGCCGGACGAGGACGGCGAGCGCUACGACGAGGAGGAGGAGGCCGCCAAAGACAGGCGCAACAUCCGCACCCCCGAAUGGCAGCGCCGCGCCUCCUCCGCCUCCUCCACCAGUGGGAGCAAGCGCAGCUCAGUGGACACAGCACCCUCCAGCACUCUCAGCACCCCCAGCGAGCCCCUCAGCCCCGCCAGCUCUCUGGGUGAGGAACGCAACUAGGUCCCAAGCCCCAUACUCUGCCCCACCCUCCCAACCCCCUCCUGGCCUGCCUCCCUCUUCUAGAGGGUGGAUGCAGAAGGGCGUUGUUCCCAAACCCCACUCCAGAUCCCGAACCUUCUGUGGGAUCCACAGCCUUGCCACCCAUCCACUCGAGCCCCUCCUGCUCCACGCUAGGAGCUAGGAGUCCCCACACUCCAAAAUCGACAACACUGUGCCUUUCUCAGGUUCCAGAAUGCAUACUCUAUGCUCCGGAAUCCCCCAGACCUGGCCCAGGUCCCAGAGGCCAGGAAUCUGCCAUUACCCUGUGGUGCCAGAGGUUUUAGAAAACCUGGUCUGUUGCCUUCCAUGCUGAGGCUUCUUAGAGCCCUUUAUGGCUUGUA